AUGAGUAAUCGAAAGAGAUCCAUAGAGGUAACUACUCAGGAAGUCCUCGACAUGGUUAAUGAGAGUGUUUCCUCGGCCAAAAAGAUAUUGUUGGAGUCUUCUUUUGAGAACACAUCUUUUUGCAGAGAAGGCAAAGUGAGUUUGUUGAUCUUAGAAGGAAUUUUAAGUAAUUGGAGCUUACUUUAUUCAAAAUUAUAUUGUUUUAGGCUCCAUUAGCAGAAAUUGAACCUGAAAUAAUUGAUUUUGAUGAAGAACUCGAAUCGCCAGAGAAGAAACCGGAAAAACGUACAAUAAGGAAUAAAUUAAGAAGGUCUAUAUCUGUUCCACAUUUAUUGGACACGGUAAGUUACGUUACAUAUUAUUUAUCUUGUUUUAGGGCGAAACAAAAGCACCGCCAGCUCAAAGGAGAGCAACAACAACUAUUGUUCCUCCAGCAAUGUAAGUUAUUGACUCUAUUCUAAAUUACAGCUUUAAUUUGCUAUAAUGCGUAAACCAAAAACUAGUUUGUUUAAUAAUAGAUUAUUGAGCCAUAUCAUUUAUACAGCUAAUUGUGUUAUUAUAGAAACGAAGUAAAGGACAUUUCACUAUCGAAUUGGGACAGUUUUGAUGCUAGUAGAUCUCACGACUUUGUUAAUUUACGGAUUAAGAAUGUGCUAACGACAGUAGAAUGUUCAUUCUGUAAUUCUCCUAUUAAGUUUGGAACUACGAGUAAAAAGUGCAAUGGUAAGCUAAGCUUUCUGAAAAUUAAAUUUUUGUUAUAAAAGUAGCUUUAAGUGGUUGUGAUACGAAUUGUGCAUCACAACUGCUUUUUUAUGUUUUACUGUUAAUAUUUUUAGCUUGUCGUUUGUACUUCCACCCUGAUUGUACUCCCAAUAUGAUUGUACCUUGUCUACCUCGAAAAGAAACACCCAAGUCUGCAUAUGGAAAGGGACGGUUAAGGUUGGGUGAUUACUGUCCUGACAAUAGGCCGAUGAUUCCACAUAUUAUUGGACAUUGUGUUGUGUUUUUGGAACGAAGCAAGAUCUCAAACGAUCUCUAUGAGGGAAUUGGGUAUGUUUCUGUAUACGGUGGAUAUUUCAUCUUCUAAUCAUUGAUCUGAAAGUUGGGUGGGGUUUGUUUUUUGAUUUUAAUUUAAAAAUUCUUUUUUAGGGAUGAUGAGAAUUCAUUAAAACUAGUCAAUUUAUUUAAAAAGAACAAAUGUGUACCUAAAUUGUCUGAUUCUCAACCGAAUGACAUUGCCGGAUGCAUCAAACGGUUUCUAUCUGAAAUUAGGGUAAGUUCUUCAGUGGUGGUUACAUAAAAUUGUUAGUUUGAUAGUAAUUUUUUUACAUUUUUCAUUAUUCGAUGUAACGAUUUUGCUUUAGGAUCCGUUAAUUCCUUUCGCUGAUGCAUCAGACUUUAUUGUCGCAGAAUCAGAAGGAAAUGAAGAUAAAUUGUUGGAGCUUGUAGGUGGACUACCUAACCCUCAUUGUGACACUUUGGUUUGUUUGAUCAAACAUUGGAAACGAUUGGGGGAGGAAAGCUUUGUAAGUGUUUUCAGAUUUAAAUAUAAUUAGCUUUUUGUGUGUGUGGUUGUUGACAAGUAUAUUACUUUUGAUAAUAAUACGUUUCCUUUGUUUCAGCACGGUGCAAUCAGUCAAGACGAAAUGAGCAAACGAGUUGGGCCCACGAUAAUGGGGGCUCAUAGGGCGUCAGCUCAAGUCACAGAAGCAGAAUCCAUCAAUGUAACUAGGUCUCUAAUGCAAAUCUCGAUGGAGAAGUGGGAUGCCAUUGAAACCGAAGCCAAUGCUCAACAAAAUCUGCCAAGGAAGAACUCGAACAAUCACGAACUGUGCAGGUUCAUGUCAACUAACAACAUUCUGGCUUCGUAA